AUAAUUAAAUUUUUACACUUGUACCUAGAGUUUUUAAAAUGUCAAAGAAAUGUUUAAUGUUGAAUCAUCUGAAAUCAGAGUAUCUUGAACUACCUUUUUCAUAUCAGGUAUGUCUUAAAGGACAUGUUUUACUUGUAUACUUUCAAAAUAAAUGUUCAAGAACUACAGCAGCAAAAAAAGUGGGUGAAAAAUAUGGCUUGCUAACCUCUAAAAGUCACAUCAAAUGUGUAGUUAAUAGCAUCAAUCUAUAUAAGAAAAACUUGUUAAGGAACAUGGAAAAGUUUCAAAACAUUUGUUCUGAAGUUUUUUUUAAGUCAGCUACCACAACUGGUAUGAUACAUGAAAUAAGAACUAUUGAAGCACCUCCAGUACUUACAUCUGAUUUGUCUUAUGUAAACACAAUUGUGCCAAUAGUUUCCACUGAAUCAAGUGCUUUUUUAUUAUCUUCUCAAGGUUAUUCAACACCCGGAGAAUCACAACCACUACUGUCUCGAUUGAGAGGUAUCCAGUUGAGUCCAAGAAAAAAAAUUCUCAAGCAAAGAUUAACUAUGUUGGAAAACGAAUUUUCUACAAAAAUCGAAAAGCAUAAAAAAGUUUUAUCAGAGUUAAAAGAAAAGUUCAAGUCAAGGCCAUAUAGACUUAAACAAUUAAAUCAAACAAUUGCUCGCAAAAACAAGACAAUCAUGCAGCUUCGAAAUAAAUUAAAUGAACAGAGUUUUAGCAUACAACUUAAAUGUUUUCAAAAUAAAAAUCUUAGAUUGAAAAAGCAAAUAGCAUUGUCCAAGACAGAAUUUACUUAUCAAGUUAAUAUUUUGAACAAUCAAAUUUCUGAUAGAAAUGCUGAGAUUCAAAUUCUUCAAAACGAAUUGCUAAUUUUAAAGGAGGAAGUUGAGCAAACACAGCACAAUGUCCAGAAUACGAGAUAUGCAAAAGUCUACACUACUGAUAUUAGGGCAUUAAUAUAUGACAUGCUUGUUUGUAAUGUGCCUACACAUAGUGUGCCAUCACUGCUCCAUAAAAUUGGAGAAUUUACUGGCUAUCAGUUUACUGAAAUUCCACAUCGUACAACUGUAGAGCAGAUGAUGCGUGAGCUUGGAGUUAUUACAGAUCUGCAGACUGCUGAAAUAGCUAUUGCAACAAAAAAUCUGACCUUGGGUUUUGAUGCUACUAGACAAGAGGGUGUCCAUGUAAAUGCUGUCCAUUUUACAACCAAAACAAGAUGCAUGGUUGUGGCUGUUGACCAACUUGCUGGGGGUACAGCUAAUGAUUAUCAAAGUCAUAUGACACAGUCUGUAGAUCACCUUGCUAAGUUGUAUAGUAAUUUUUACGAGCAAAAAUAUAUUGAAGUACGAAGUAAGAUUAUUGCUAAUAUAAGUAAUACGAUGAGUGACAGAGUGGCAGCAAACCAUGCAACUGUCACUAAGUUAAAUACUUUGUGGCAGAAAUCGUUAAAUGAACUAAAUUGCCAUCUUCACCCAUUGGAUACAAUGACCUCUGCUUGCAAUUCUUCACUUAAAGUAUUGGAAACUUUUAAAGGGAAACUGUUUGGCAGGGAUUGUAUUGCAGCAAACAUUGUUAUACAGCUUAACAAACUACGCUACAAGGAUGGUAAAAGUGAUCCAAAAGGUUUUGUUAUCUUUUUGGACAAACACAAGUUGCCAAGGGGACUGUUACCACGCUACAGAGGAAAUAGAUUACACGUCUUAUUUCAUACAUGUGAAAUUUUGAUCCAUAACUAUACUAUAUUAAAAACAUUCCUGUUUUCUGGUGUGACAUUAUGUGGUGGUCUGAGAAAUAGUCUGUAUCAAGACUUUACUUCAGAAGCAGGUAUCCUUGAAUUGUGUGCCUUAGGGUUAAUUGGUAAGCUACUAACAGGUCCCUGAUGACUAAGUUCUAUGUUGGGCCUGGUCAAGGACUCGACUACAUAUCUGGCAUCCAAGUAGUAAAAAAUGUUCGCAACCAUCUUGUUGAGAUUAUCAAGAACCCGCUUGCUCUAAUUUAACGAAAGUCAGAUUUUUUUGGAAAUGAUCUUAAUGAUCCAAUCUUUAAUUCUAUUGUUGGCUUUUGUCCACAGACUGAUAAAAUGGGAGAAGCAUUAGGUUGUUGUCUGAAUGCUGUCAUUAUUGUCAUUGACAGGCAGUACCAGAGACAAUUCAACAUGACAUCAAAUGAACUACUUAAGGACCAGACUCUUUCAGCACGGCUUCAUAAUAUUGACUCUGAAGAACUCAUGGGUAUGUUUAGUGCUGCAAAACAUAAAUCUCCCAAUGCCACACUUUGUUUUUUAUCAUCAAAUUUGCGUGCAUGUAAAAACAAAACAACUGAUUUCCUCCGUGAUAAACCUAUUGAUGUUCGAAAUAAGUUGAUGUUAUGGGCUAUCUCCAUGGCCAGAAAAAAAACGCUUUUCCAACACAGAACAACUUGAUCUAAUUAAGAUAGAACUAAUUAAACACAUGGAGAUCAAAUUUCAGCAAAAAGACAACAAAGAAAGAAGAAAAGUUGAAAAAAUUGCUUGCCUAACGAAGUAAAACAACUAUUCUCUAAUCUGGAAAAUGAUGAAGCUGCUGAUGAGGAUGACGAUACAGUUGACUAUGAUAUGAGUAAAUAUCAACUGUCUGCAGAUGUAAUUACUGGUGACCUACAUAUGAUGUGAUCUAUACCUGUGAUAUUGUAUGUUAUUUGUAGCUGGUUUCUUUUAUUUUUGCUAUUUGUUCAGUGGUGGAGCACCGGUAAGUCAUUAUAUGUAUGUUUGUGUUCUGUUGGACCUCUGGCGCGGUGUUGACGCACUCGUAAGUCAUUAUAUGUUUGUGUUCGUGUUCUGUUGGACCUCUGGCGCGGUGUUGACGCACUCGUAAGUCAUUAUAUGUUUGUGUUCGUGUUCUGUUGGACCUCUGGCGCGGUGUUGACCCACUCGUAAGUCAUUAUAUGUUUGUGUUCUGUUGGACCUCUGGCGCGGUGUUGACGCACUCGUAAGUCAUUAUAUGUUUAGUUAUCAUAUUACGCAGUAGAAUUGCGUUAUUUUGGACUCUCAAUGGGAAUAGAUAUAUAGUUUGACUUAGCGAAUGUCCACAGCUUUUUAUCUAAGAGAACCAAAAAAACAGUAUAAGUUAGUAAAUGAUCCAACUUAUCCAGGUUUCGACUUAACGGCAUUCUACUGUAUGAUGUUAUCAUCGUGAUUUUCGUCGUUUUUGUUAUGUUUUGUGUUGAUAGACAACUUGGCUUACCUUCUCGAUGGUGUCUAUCGUUAAUAAUGAUUGUUAGGUAGUUUCAUUAUUGGAACUCACUGUUUUUAAUCAUUCACUAAAAGCCAAAAAAUAAGUUUUAAACUAAAACAUAAUUUUUUAUGUUAUUGUCGUUUUUUAAAUUUAGCGUUAUUAUUAGUUCACAUAAACAAUCGCAUUAUGUAAGUUUCUUAUUUAUUAUACAUAUAUAUACAUUAUCUUUUCUUUUCUUUUUCUUUUUUUUUUUAGCGUUAAAAAGUUUCAAGAUUUGGAAGGAGCGUACUCUACCACUUUAUAUACUGCUAAUUUUUGUUUUUAAUUUUUUUUGUGAUUGAUGGGGAGGGGGGGAGGGAGAGAAGGUGACGCUUUGCAUCCUAUAAUUUAUUUAUGUCACUAUAAUAUAUAUAGUUUAAUAAAAUAUAUUUUUUUAUUUUUUAUAUUAUUUUUAUUCAUUUUAUUAAUGAUAAAAAUAUUUAUAAGAAUAAAUCUUUCGGUACUAGGGUGUGUACCAUUACCACCACACCCACCUUCUUCAUAAAAUACAAAUACUAAAAUACUAAUACUUGCUUGCCUAUAAAAAAAUAACUACUUUUUUAAUGAUAAUUACUAGUUUUAUAUUUAAAAAAAACCUUUUAUGGAAGAAAUGUGAAUUUUUUGAUA